AUGGCUAAAGCUACUACAAUAAAAGAAGCUAUAAAGAAAUGGGAGGAUAAGACAGGGGAACAAGCGGCUACGGCCACUGAAGAACUACCACAUUUAGAAGAUUUGUUAUUCGUCGGUAACCCACUUUACGAUGGUUGUGAAUUAGAGGCGUGGCGUUCUGAAGCUGCCCGUAGACUUCCAAACCUGAAGAAAUUGGAUGGAGAGACAGUAUUGCGGGAAGACGAACCGCCUUUAACGGUUGCUGAUAUGCAACCCGACUGUGGCGAUGGCGUGGAAACCUUGGUCAGCGCUGAGACCAACGAUUAA